AUGGACGAAAACGGUCUAGCUGCUUCAGCAUGUCCCCUUGUGACUGACGAAGAAAAUUCUGAUUCUUUAGCAUGCCCCCUUGUGGUUGAGGAAGAAGAUUCCAAUAACUCAGCAUGCUUCCCUGUACCUGGGGAAGAAGAUUUGGAAGCCACAGGAUGCCUUUCUCUUACUGAAAAAGAAGAUCCUACCUCUUUCGCACGCUCCGCAAAUGAGGUGAACAAACCCGAUGCCUCACCAUUCCCUUGUGUGAUUGAAGAAGAAGAUCUUGAUUCUUUAGAAUACAAUCCUCUGGUCGAAAAAGAAGGCCUCAGUGAUUCCGUCUUCCCUCCAGAAAUUCAAACUGAUGACGAAGAAGGUGUAACAAGUGAACCUGAAAAUACCGUUGGUUAUGAAGGUGCUAUAGCAGUUCAAUCAGAAAAGGAGGCAGUAGAAGAAGGACCUAAGACUUUCCAACUAGAGUACACGAAGGAUGAACAAGACGAUCCUGGAAACUAUAUGGACGGCCAAAGUGAUGCUGUAGACCUUUUUGACGGAGACGCUGGCGUACAAGAGUAUGAUGGUAAUCAACUUACUGCUGCGGAUAUAGACGAAACUGGAAGUGACGAAGACGAGGAGUCAUCUGAAGCAACUCCUCUUGUGCAGGACUGA